CUCCUUCCCGCCAUAAACUAAGAAACCCCAUAGCAUAACACACCCACAGCCCACCCACCCCACGACGGUCGUGGACGAUGAGGUGCGCCACGGUGGCUGUCGUCAUUGCCUUCACCGUCCUUGCCAUCGCCGCUGCAUCCACGGGCGCCACUGCCGCCGGCAGGGGGAAGCCGCGCGCUCCCGCUUCCCGCGGCGUGUACAUCGUGACGGUGAAGCCCUUGGCCGGCGCCGUCGACAGCCGAGCGUACUAUAUAAGCAUCCUCGCCGCCGUGGUUGGAAGCAAGGAGAAGGCGGAGGAGGCGUUGAUCUACAGCUAUACGACAGCACUCAGCGGGUUCGCGGCGAAGCUCACGCCGGCGCAGCUCGCCGUGUUGCGGAAGCACCCUGACGUCCUCCAGGCUCUGCCUGACGUGAAGUACUCCCUUCAUGAUCACGACAAUCUAAACUGAACAAGAGACUUAAUUUUCCCUGCAAUGAGGUUUUAUUCACAGUUCUGUGUUGCAGACUUGCAGUAGCACUUGUGUUGAACAGUAUUUUUCCGAUAAAAGAAAUAUAUUAAUAUCAAAAGAUACCAAUUACACCCA